AUGAACCAACAAGAAGAACUUUAAUAAAUAUCAACUAAUUUUGAUGAAUCCAAAAAUCUAAUGGUAAAACAAAAUUAAACAAAUAAGAAUACAAUUGAAUGCCAUUGCUGUAAAAAGAUUAGUUCUAAUUAUAGUAGAGUUAAUGCUAAAAAUGUAUGCUUAUAAUGUUUAGAUUAAAUCUCUCUCUUAUAUGUAAAAUAUGAUUUAUCUCCCUCAUAUAAAUUAUUCAAAAGUUGUGCUAAUAUUUAUUAUUGUAAAUUAACAAUGACUCCUACCUCUCAAUUUGAUUUUACUUUCUCUUAAUGUAAUAUAUGUUUAUAAACAAAUAUGUUGAUCAGAAUUUGUGAUUAAAAUCAUUUUUUUUGUGAAACUUGUCUAUUAUCUUACAUUUAGGCUAACUAUCAAAAUACGGUAAAUUGUAUUUAAUAUGAUUGCAAUUCCAAAAUCAAUUACUAAAUUAUGUAUUUAUAUCUAUUGCCUAAUUAAUUGAUAAAAUGGAAACCAAUAACAGAAAAAAUUCAUUGUAUAGGAUAAUUCUGUUCAGGAACGUGGUCUGUGUGGCCUACAUAUAUUUAAGGAAAUGUUGAGAUAAUUUCUGCUAAUUAAUGCAAAUGCAAUUCUUGUCAUACUUAAUUUUGUUUUAAAUGUAGAACAAUUCAUUAUGGUUCUGAAUGCAACAAUGAUAUUUUAUUAAAGAACUAUUUAGAAGAAAAACAAUGUUUUAGAUGUAAUUUCUGUAACAGUUUAUGUUAACCUUUUUUCUGUCAUAGAAAUGAUACAAUUAAGAAAUUUUAGUAAAAUUAAAAAUAUUAUUUAGAGAAUGGAAACCUAAUAUAUAUUAAUGCUUUGUUUGCAAGAAACAAUUUUGUUAUGAUUGUAAAGCUUAAACAAGUAUUACAUUAUUCUCAAAUUACAAAUGUGACAAUUGUGUUAAUACCUUUAGAGUAUGGAAAAAUAAAUAAACAAAAAUUCCAAGACUUAAGAAAAUUUUUUAACUUUUAUUUACUACUUUAAUUUUAGUUUUAUUUUCUAUAUAUUCAAUGAUAUUCAUUCAAAUUCCUUAAAUAAUAGAUUAUUUUGUAAAUAAGAUUGAUCCGAUAUGUGAAAGUUAAGAUCCUGUCAAAAUUAUUCUUUUAAUUUUUAAUUUACCUAUUAUUAUUGUAUUACUUGUUUUGAUUUAUGUUGUUACACUAGUACCUUUAGCAAUAUAUAAUAGCUAUAAGACUUUUAUAGUAAAAUAGGGCAAUUUUGAUAAUGAUAUUUGA